UCGGUGGUUGGAACAGUGGAGCGUGGCCUAGCUGUCCUCCACUUCCCUAGCUUCUCCUUGUUUAUUCAAUAUCUUGUUGUAUAUAGUUGAAUUAGUCUAUAGUGUAAUUAGUUCAUAAUUCUUAGAUAGUAUCAGAGGUUUAGCGGGGUUUGGGCAUUAGCCCUUCCCUGCACCCGGCACCGGGGCCCAUGCCCGGUUCACCGGGGUUCAAACCACGCUCAGCCUGUAAAAAGCCGAUGCCCACGAGCGAUCCCCACGACUCUUGCCUAAAGUGCCUCGGGGAAUCACAUAUCUCAGACAAGUGCCGCAUUUGUAAGGCUUUUAAGCCGCGGACAAAGAAGGAGAGGGACUUUCGCUUGAAGACUCUCCUUAUGGAGGCAGCUCUGAACCCUCUGUCCUCGGCACUGAGUGCUGACAGUGCUCCUUCGGCACCGGACCGCGCCAGCUCCGCCAAGACACCUCGGCACCGGCCUUCUCCGGCACAGGGACCUGAUCGGAGGCCCUCCGCUGCCUCCAUACCUUCGACGCAGGCUCACCCUCGUCCGGACCGCCCAGCACCUACUCCUGCUGUGGCACCGACGACUGUGGUACCGUCGACUCCGGUCCCGAGAGGGCCGUUGACUCCGGUCCUUGAGAGCUCCCCGCCGAGGCCUGUGGUUGAGCUUACGGUCCCCUCCACACCAGGGACAUUCUCCUCAGCCAGGGACCUUAUAGCGAUGAUUGAGUCUGCCCUGCCUCAACCCCCGGUACUGCCGGUGUGGAUAAUACAUUCCAGAGGCAAGCCAGCCACAAUGAGACCUCCUUCACUGGAAUCAGCUAGCCGGCACUGAUCUCGAUCCAGGUCUCGGCGCCGCUCGCGGUCUCAUGGACAAUCCCAGUCUAGAUGCCGCUCGCAGUCCCGGGACCACUCACCUAGGCGGUACCAGUCGUACUUGCGGCACAGAUCCACUUCUCGUCCUGUCUGGUACUCUCGGUACCACUCCGGCUCUAGGCACCGCUCCCGGCACCGAGACUCUCACAGCCAGUCCCACCGCAGGCCUUCGAGAUCCAGGUCAACCUCCUGGCACCGCGCUGGUUGUAGGUCCCGGUCUCACUCUCAGCACCGAUAUGACUCCUGGUACCGUUUCCCGGCACCGAGGAGAACUCCAGCGGCGAGAGCGAAGGACUCAUACCAGGCUCGCUCGGCUCCUCCCUGGCUGUCCCGACACCCGUCCAUGUCUUCUCAGGCGGACAGUGCAUACGCCCCAGACACCGACAUGCCUGCUGCAUUAUUCCAUGAGCACCAGCCUCAAGAUCAUGGGCCGCAGCAGUGGGGUUUCUGGACGCCUUGGGUGUACCAUCAGGCCCAAGGCUCUCACCCAGGUCCAUCGCGCUCGGCCACCUCGGAACACUGGGUGCCGGAAGCCACGAUCACCCGCCCUCCUCCUCCUCCUUUUGGAGGAAGGGUUGACUGAGCCUCAGGACUCCCAGCUCCCCAGGGAGACAGAGACCAUCCACCACGAGGAGCCCUCGUCAGACCCACUUGUUCCAGGGCUGUCCUCUUCAUCCUCCCCUGACGAGGCUGUAGCUGGAACCUCGUCUGUUGGCCCUCCACCAAUCGACCUCAGGGCCCACCAGGACCUCCUCAGACAUGUUGCACAAAAUAUGAACUUGCAGGCCGAGGAGGUCCCGGAGGUACAGGACCCAGUGGUGGACAUUUUGUCAUCAGGUGCCCCCACUAGAGUGGCUCUUCCCUUCAUUCGGACGAUACAGGCCAAUGCCACCACGAUCUGGCAGUCUCUGGCCUCUGUCCUACCUGCUGCGCAAGGUAUAGAAAGAAAAUACAUGGUGCCCUCCAAAGGCUAUGAAUAUCUCUGUCCACCCUUCUCCUUGCUCCCUCGUUGUACAGUCGGUUAACGAGAGGGAGCACCAUGGCCCAGCAGGCCCCAGCCCUUCAAUCAAAAGACGCGAGACGCAUGGACUUGCUAGGGCGCAAAGUCUAUUCUGCUGGCGCACUCCAACUCCGCGUGGCCAAUCAGCAAGCCCUCCUUAGCCGCUAUAAUUAUAACACCUGGGCAGCAACGGACAAAUUUAAGGAGUUGCUUCCGCAGGACGCACGACAGGAGUUUUUGGCGAUCCUCGAUGAAGGAAAGAAGGUGGCAAGAACUUCCCUCCAGGCUUCCCUGGACGCCGCGGACUCAGCUGCCAGGACUCUAGCCUCUGGAGUGACUAUGCAGCGUAUCUCGUGGCUGCAGGUCUCCGGCCUCUCCCCGGAGCUCCAACACACAAUUCAGGACCUUCCCUUUGAGGGCCAAGGGCUGUUCUCUGAUAAAACUGACCCUAGGCUGCAGAUCCUAAAAGACAACAGGGUCAUUAUGCGCUCGUUAGGGAUGCACACGCCAGUGACUCAGCGCAGGCCCUUCCAGCCCCAACUGCACCGCCCUUACCCUCAGCCCAGGCAAAGGCAAGACUUCGCCAGACAGCGAGGCAGGACCGGUCGCCGAAGGCAAUCGGGCAACCAAGGGGGCCAAAACCAAGGUUCAUCCAAGCCUUCCUCAGGGCCAAAACCUUCCUUUUGAAGGUGCGCCCGAGGGCGUUGUACCAGUUUCUUGAAAGGAUCCGUCCCCUCCUUUCUCCAACUGUCUUUCCUUUUUCCUCCCUGCGUGGUCCCAGCUAAUGUCAGAUCGCUGGGUCUUACGCACGCUGGAAUUUG